AUGAAACCACCAAUGUUCCAAAGGGGGGUGCUAAGGACAAAUUGCAUAGAUUGUCUGGAUCGUACUAAUGUGGCACAAUAUGCAUAUGGAUUGGCUGCUUUGGGUCAUCAACUCCAUGUUUUAGGAGUUACAAAUUCAACAAAGAUAGACCUUGAUGAUCCUUUGGCAGAAGAAUUAAUGGGGUUCUAUGAGAGGAUGGGUGAUACACUUGCUCAUCAAUAUGGUGGCUCUGCAGCUCACAACAAGAAGUACUUACAAUUUGUCUUUAUCAAAAAGUAUUCACAAUUUAUCUUCUCAACUUUCUCAAGAUUAGUCUACAUCAGCAGAAGAUAUCUGAAACGAGGCGUAAAUGAAAAGGGUAGAGUUGCAAAUGAUGUUGAGACUGAGCAGAUUCUAUUUGAGGAUGUUCCAGAAGAUUUCCCAGUGCAUAUUAGUUCUGCUGUUCAAAAUCGUGGGUCUAUCCCACUCUUUUGGUCUCAGGAAACUUCACGACUAAAUAUCAAGCCCGAUAUUAUAUUGUCAAAGAGGGACCAGACAUAUGAAGCUACGAGACUUCAUUUCGAGAAUCUUGCUACGAGAUAUGGGAACCCCAUCAUUAUUUUGGAUCUGAUUAAGACCCAAGAAAAAAAGCCUCGGGAGUCUAUCCUUCGCACCGAAUUUGCUAAUGCAAUUGAAUACAUCAAUAAAGAUCUGUCUGAGGAGAAUCGACUUAGAUUUCUCCACUGGGAUUUGAACAAGCAUUCACGAAGCAAAGCUACAAAUGUCUUGUUUUCUCUGGGAAAAGUGGCUACAUAUGCAUUGAAUUUGACUGGUUUCUUCUAUUGUCAAGUAACACCAGCCUUAAGAUCUGAGGGAUGUCUGAAAUGGCCCAUAUUUGAGAAUGCUGCUGCUAGUAAUAUGGUUCCUUUGAAACAUUUUGACCCUGAUGUUGAGAAACAAUAUAAUAAUGACGUCGGUGAUUCAGAUAACUCAGAGGGAAAAAUUAGUGGAUGUAAUAAUGUGAGUAAUGGCUAUCCUUCAAUGAAACCACCAAUGUUCCAAAGGGGGGUGCUAAGGACAAAUUGCAUAGAUUGUCUGGAUCGUACUAAAUGUGGCACAAUAAUGCAUAUGGAUUGGCUGCUUUGGGUCAUCAACUCCAUGUUUUAG